GUGGAACCUCGUCCGUUCGUCCCACGCGUAGUUGCGAUAAGAAAAUCUCAGCAAGACAGGACUAGGAGUGUAUAUACAUAUACGCUCAGGACUGGCUAGCACUAGCAGUUGUGUGGAACGUACCUGCAGCUCUCGCUUCUGAAGUCACAGGGUGACGUGGGACUGAAUUAAGCUGCAUCGAUCACCAGCUCAUGGUGGUGGUAGGAGAACUAGGCGUUGGGGUUUCAGUCAUGGGGUGGUUCCUAGCGCCUCACAUCACCAAGCUCAUGGAGAUUGCACGGGAGUGCGCAGCCUCCAAGUGCAUGCUCUACGGGGACAGCACGGAGAUGCUGCAAAAACUGGCGGACGAUCUAUAUGACAUCAAGUGGCACCUCGACCCAGACAGCACCGACUUCGUCAACGACCAGGGCAAGCUUGACCGGCUAUGGCGGCUCAAAGACGACGUCCACCGCGUGGAGGAGAUCUUGGACCUGUUUCAGCUGGAGAUCCAUGACAUCGAGACAACCGGUAAUUACAUAACAAGAAAUAAGAAGCGCCUGCACGGCAAGAAAGUUGAGUUGUCGCGUCAGCUGGUGAAAGUGCUCAAGAAUCUAGACGAGACCCGGGACAGGGCGCGGGAACUCCGACAUGGCGCAGGCCCUUCCAUGUCGCCAAAAGCAGAAACUGGCCAGCACACCAUGAGGGACAAGAGGAGCUUCUUCGGGUACCAGGACGAGUAUGCCCAGCUGGUCUCUAUGUUGUGGCCGCAGCAGAAUGGCCACAAGCUGGUGAAGGUGGACGCCAAGGCGCGGCGGGUUAUCGCCAUCGUCGGCCAUGCCGGGAUGGGGAAGACAGAGCUUGCUCGCCAGGUGUUUCGGGACGCCAAAGGAAAGUUUGAUCUUUGCAUAUGGGUGCACGCCUAUGGCAAGAACAAGGAGUUGGACCUCCUGAAAGAGAUCUGGAGGUCUGCUGAUAGGCCUGUCGGCGAUAUGAACGUCUCAAGCCUUCAGAAGAAGAUGGAAAACCUAUUGGCAUCCAAGAGGUGCCUUCUGGUGCUCGAUGAUGUAUGGAACCAUGAGUUGGCGACCAACGAGGAGGAGAGGGAGCAGGCAUCGCUGGCGCUGGAAUCAAUAAUGAGCUUUGCCCAAGGUGGAAGCCGAAUCGUGAUGACGACUCGUGCCAAGAUUUGUUCAGUGACAUUCAAAGCAGCUGCAAGCAUCAUCCUAAAUGGAAUCAAACCCAAGGAGAUGACACUUCUACUCAACCACACCGCCAAGCUAAGGACCGAUGGUACUAUUGACAAUGAUGACAAAAAAAUUCAACAGCUCGUAAACAAGCAGGUGUCCAAGAUGAAGGGGUCCCCGUUGGCGGCCGUGGAGAUCGGCCACGAGUUGAGGAAACAAACCACAGUUGACAAGAGGUGCGACAUAUUGCACAACGUUGAGCAUCAUUUGGACACCGUGUUACAGGCCCAUCUGUUCACGUAUCGCCAUCUCUUGCCGCGCCUGCAGCGCUGCUUCGAGUUCUGCAGCAUAUUCCCAUACAAUUGGAGGUUCGAGGCUGAGAAGUUGACCAAGAUGUGGAUAGCUCAUGGUUUCGUCGAGGAGGACGCCCAACAAGAAGGUCGGAGCAUGGAGGAUGUCGCCACAGACUACUUCCAUAGCCUGGUGGAUCGUUCAUUGUUCCAAGAAGAAGGAGGCGAACCAGCUGGAGGCAACGGGACGACCUAUGUGAUCCAUGAGCAGGUCCAUUGGAUGAUACGCAUGGCCUCUACCAAGAACUGCAUCAGCAUCUCCGGCACAGCAGUGAGAAGCAUCCCUCCCACAGUUCGUCACUUGUCUGUCACCAGCAGCUCUCUUGAUCAGCUCAAGGCAUAUCCUAAAAUCAUAGUACUCAGCAAUAUGAGGACCCUGCUAGUCCUACAGAGCAAUCAUGGUGAUGAUGAUGAUGAUGAUUCAACAUCAUCGACGCCCUUGAUCAGUACAGUUGACAGAGUACUCCAGUUGACAAGGGUAUACUCAAACUGUUCAAGGGCGUGAGAGUACUGGACCUGACAGAGACAGGACUAACACAGCUGCCAGGAACUAUCGGCAAGCUGAAACAUGUCCGCUACCUUGGGCUUCCGAGCACCAUGAGGAAUCUGUGUGAUGAGGUCACCGGGUUACUGUUUCUCCAGACCUUCAGCCUUGGGGGGAAGAUGCAGAAUACCUGUCGGCUGCAGAGGUUUCCCAAAAGGAUGAACAGGCUCGUCAACAUGCGACACCUCGACAUGGACAUGGAGUGCAUCGCCAACAUCAGUGGCAUCGGGAGGAUGCGUAAACUGCAAGGAUCCAUCGAGUUCAAGGCCGUCAGGGCGUCAGAGAAACAAGGGCACACCAUGUCAGAGCUUGGCGGGAUGAACUCUCUGCGAGGGACGCUGAGCAUAAAGGGACUCGACGCCGUCGCCGGCAAGGAGGAGGCCAUCAAGGCUCGACUCGACAACAAGAGUGCCAUCAAGGUCCUCAAGCUUGAAUGGAGGCCUCUAGAUCCACGGCGAGUUGACGGUGGACCUGCCGACUCCGACGCCGCUGCCGUCCUUGAAGGUCUCGAGCCUCACCGGGGCCUCCAUGAGCUGCGCAUCACGAGGUACCCUGGGGCGACGUCGCCGACUUGGUUGGGCCGGGGCAUGAUGGUCAACCUGGCGCGCCUGUACCUCAGGAACUGCAGGAGGCUGCAGGCCCUGCCUGCCGUCGGCGGGCUUCCUUGCCUGGAGCUUCUCGAUAUCAAGGAGCUGCCCUGCGUCGAGAGGAUCGACGGUGACUUCUGCAGCGGCGGUGCGUUCCCGGCACUGAAGGAGAUGGUGCUCGACGACAUGCCGAGGCUGGUGGCGUGGGAUGAUAUGCCCAGUCUAGCCUUCCCUGUGCUCAGGGACGUAAGCAUCGCCGACUGCCCACUGCUGUCCUCCUUGUCGGGCCUCCAGCGCUGCAGAGGUCCCAUCCACCUCUGCGUCAAGGGAACGACGGUCCUCGCACGGGCGACCCUGCCCAAAAAUUUCAAUGGCGGUAACUCUACUUGCAAAUUUUACUAGCGCCCAUGUUUAAAAUACCUCUUCAUUAUACUACUAUAUAGUAUAUCUCUCCUUUGAGAGCCGGAAUUUUUUUCUGCAUCUCUCGUGAAGCUGAAUGUUUACGCUCCA